GCUCCAGCCUCACUCGUGCUUCACUCAGCCCUCCCAGCACCAUGAGGGUCCUUGCAGCUGCCCUGGCUGUUCUGCUCCUUGUGGCCAUCUGCUCCCUGGCUCAGGCUGAUCUCAGAGUCUCCAGGAAUGCUGGACUUCCCGAGAACGGAAACAAGCCCAUCUCCUGCUGCUACCACUCCGUUUCACGUCCAAUUCCACGCGGCGUGAUCCGCUCUGCCUACAGGACCAGCAACAGCUGCCCAAUGCAAGCCGUGGUCCUGGUCACCAGGAACGGGAUGGAGGUGUGUGCAGACCCCAAGGCUCACUGGGUGCAGAAAUACCUGGAGCACUUGGAGCUUCUGGAGUACUGACUCUUCCCUGCUGCUGCCCCGGGGCAGUGGGCUCAGCCCCCAGCACGAGACAUGUAAUAAGAGUGCUUGAGCUGCAUCCUCCUUCAAAGGGAAAAUGUAUUACAAUUGGCAUACACUUGUUUAACUAAAUUUUGCUUUUCUAAAUGCUUGA